GUGACAUUGUGCCUUUUUAAAUAGAGCUCACACUCUAGGGACUUAAAAUUAAGUUAAGAAAAAAUCAUAGAAAACUUUUUCAUUAAAAAAUAAAUACUUAUAUCAACAUAAAUAAUGUCAUCGUUUGUCAUUGUUUUGCAAUUUUAUUGGAAAAUUUAAUUAUAUAUACAUGAUAAAAGAAUUAAUGGUAGCUUGGGUAGGCAGGGGCCUGGUAGCUUGGGUAAGCAGGGGCCUGGUAGCUUGGGUAAGCUGGUGCAUGGUAGGCAGGGGCUUGGUAGGCAGGGGCAGGGGCAGUGUAGCUUGCAGUGUCACAGACCUUGGCAUAGUCGUUGAAAGCUGUUCCCUUGGGGCAUUUGACAUGGAGGGGCUUGCAGCAGAUACAGGCCUUGCUGGUCUUGCUGUAGGCAUCGUAUUUGUAGUCACAUCCACACUGGAUGAACCCGUAUGGGUUGUAGUUGUCCUUGAAGAGUCCACUGGGGUUGCCGUAGCAUUUGCCGUCACAUGGGUCUGGAAAAAUGAUAUUAAAUAUUGUUAUAAUACAUGAACAUGUCUUAAUAAUCUCUACUGUAUAUAUAUCUUUAGAGAUGUGUACCCCCAAAGUGAGGUGUCUAAUUUUAUACAAUUGUUCACUUAAAAGGUGUUUACCAUACAGAAGUUCACUAUGUCAGAGGUGUUCACCAUAUCAAGCUGUUUACCAGAGAACAGACAGGCCCGUAGCCAGAAUUUUCCAAGGGGGGUUCACUUUUCCCAAAAAA